AUGGACGAGCAAGUGGAGAUGCUGGUGGAGGAAUCAGAAAUUGGCAAGUUAGAAGAGGACUUGGAAGGAAUAGUGAGUGCUGCACUUUAGGGGAUCUAGAAUCAAACAGAACCCAGUAUAGACAGAGACACUAUAUGUUUCAUUAGUAGUUUAAUGAUUUUAUAGGUAGUAAAGAAAUGGAGAGAGAACAUGUUAAUCUCACUCCAUAGGGACUGGUACCCAGAUUGGGGUUUUCUAGAUUUCUUAACAUAUAAGAGCAGGGCCGGUGCAAGGAAUUCUGCUGCCCUGGGCCGCCCUGGGCCGCCCUGGACAAUGAAGAUACAUUUUGCCGCCCCAUCAUAAGGUAGUUCCAUUGUGUCACAAGUAUUUAGUUGAAAAGAGACAUGCAUCCAUCAAGUUCAGCAUUUCUCACACGUGUUCCACUAAUUUCUUUUAACAAUUUAGUCGAUAUACUCUGAAAUAAAAUGUGCUUUUAUUUUAUGUGCCAUGGAAUACUCUAAUCAGAGGCUUCUCAUUGGGAAGUUUCUGAGCUGGAUCUACAAGUGUGUGCAUGCUCACUCGAUCACAGCAUUAUUUUUUUUUUUAUUAUUAUUAUUGCCAUUUAUAUAGCGCCAACAGAUUCUGUAGCGCUUUACAAUAAUAUGAGAAGGGGGAUUUAACUAUAAAUAGGACAAUUACAAAAACUUACAGGAACAAUAGGUUGAAGAGGACCCUGCUCAAACGAGCUUACAGUCUAUAGGAGGUGGGGUAUAAAACACAUUAGGACAAGAAAUAUAAAUCAAAAAAGGUUGGAGUGAAGCAGAGCUGAAGGAGAGAGUAGAGUGCUGCCCUUUAGGAAAGUGCAAGAGACAGGUAUGUGAGGUAGAGGUUACUCUGGGAGGCCAUAAGCUUUCCUAAAGAGAUGGGUUUUAAGGCACUUCUUAAAAGAUGCAAGACUAAGGGAGGGUCUGAUGGCGAUAGGCAGGCUAUUCCAUAGGAAAGGAGCCGCCCGCGAGAAGUCCUGCAAGCGUGUGUUGGCCGUACGGGUGCGAACAACGGACAGGAGGUGGUCACGGGCAGAGCAGAGAGACCGAGAAGGGACAUACCUAUGGAUAAGAGGGGCUAGAGUUGUUCAGUGCUCCAUAGGUGUGAAUUAGUACCUUGAAAUGACUCCUAUAGCAUACAGGAAGCCAAUGUAAGGACUGACAGAGGGGUGAGGUGUGAGAGAACUGACUAGAGAGGAAAAUCAGUCUGGCGGCAGCGUUCAUUAUUGACUGUAGCGGUGCAGUACGGCUAUUGGGAAGACCAAUCAGGAGAGGAUUACAAUAAUCCAUGCGGGAAAUUCCUAAAGCACGGACAAGCUCCUUGGUAGCAUCUUGCAUAAGAAAGGGGUGGAUGUGGGCUAUGUUUUUAAAAUGGAAUCUACAGGAUUUGGCAACAUACUGGAUGUGAGGCUCAAAGGUGAAGCCAGAAUCAAGUAUGACGCCUAGACAGCGCGCUUGCAAAGAUGGACUUAUGUGGGUACCACAAACUUGAAGGGAGAGCGAAAGAGGAGGAUCAGUAUUAGAAGGAGGAAAGACAAGGAGCUCAGUUUUAGAGAGACUGAGUUUUAGAAAGCGAGAGGACAUCCAGUCAGAGAUGGAAGAAAGGCAAGCAGUGACACGUUGCAGGACAGCAGCGGAGAGGUCCAGGGAGGAGAGAUAUAUCUGGGUGUCAUCAGCGUACAGGUGGUAGUGGAAACCAAAAGAGGUAAUAAGUUUGCCAAGAGAGGCAGUAUAAAGAGAAAAUAGAAGGGGACCAAGCACAGAGCCUUGGGGGACUCCAACCGAGACAGGAUGAAGGGAGGAGGUAUCAUUAGAAAAGGAGACACUGAAUGAGCGUUGGGAGAGAUAAGAGGAAAACCACGAGAGGACAGAGUCACAGAGACCGAAUGAUUGAAGAGUUUGAAGAAGGAGAGCAUGAUCAAAUGUGUCAAAGGCAGCAGAGAGGUCAAGAAGAAUUAGUAUGGAGUAGUGGCCUUUGGAUUUAGCUGUGAUUAGGUCGUUAGUAACUUUGAUAAGCGCAGUCUCAGUAGAGUGGAGAGGGCGGAAGCCAGAUUGAAGAGUGUCAAGAAGAGAGUUGGAAUUGAGGAAAUGAGACACACGGCUAAAGACAAGUUUUUCCAGAAGCUUUGAGAAAAAAGGGAGCAGGGAUAUAGGACGAUAGUUAGAGGGGGAGCACGGGUCAAGAGAUGUUUUUUUCAGGAUAGGUACUACAGUGGCAUGUUUAAGGUCAGCAGGGACAAUGCCAGAAGAGAGAGAGCAGUUGAAGAUAUGCGUUAAGGAAGGCACGAGACAAGUGGAGAGAGAUCUAAUCAGGUGAGAUGGGACAGGAUCGAGUGGGCAAGGGGUGGGGAAAGAGGAAAGGAGAAGAGCAGCCGACUCUAGGUCAGUAGCCGGGGAGAACGUCUAAAGGGUAGGAAAGGCAUGAUCAAUGUGUGGUUGAGAAAGAGAACGGCAAGGUGGGGAGAAUACUUUCCUUAGCUGUUAAAUUUUGUUGGUAAAGUAGCAUGCAAAGCUAUUGGCAGUAAGACUAGUUUGGGGGGUGGCCACGGCAGGGCGAAGAAGAGAAUUAAAGGUGUCAAAGAGAUGCCUGGGAUUGCGGGUGCAUGAACUAAUGAGAGAGAAAAAGUAGGACUGUUUGGCGAGGGCAAGGGCUGCGCUGUAUGAACACAAAAUGAAUCUAUAAUGGAGAAAGGCUGACUGGGUGCGAAACUUCCUCCAGGAGCGUUCAGCACAUUGGGAGCAUCUUUGCAGGUAGCGUGUUGAUUUAGUAUGCCACGGAUGGGGGCAUGUCCUCCUCAAGGUGCUUGCUUGGAGCGGUGCUGCAGUGUUCAAGGCAGAGGUGAGGGUAGUGUUAUAUGUGGAGACGGCCAGUGAAGGACAGGAGAGGGAAGGGAUGGAUAGCAGUUGUGAAUCAAUACCAUCUGACAGCUGCUGGAGAUCAAGAGAAUUAAGGUUCCUCCUGAGUUGAGGGGGAUUAGGCUGAGGUUGUUGGGUGGGGAGGUACACAAGAGCAAAUGAUAGGAGGUGGUGAUCAGAGAGAGGAAAUGGAGUGUUGCAAAAAUUAGAUACUGUACAUCCAAGAGAGGAUUAGGUCAAGGGUAUUGCCAGCUACAUGGGUGGUGUUAUGGUUGCAUCCGGUCUUGCGGGAGGUUGGACCGCUUGGAUGUCCUGGUUCCCAAACUUGGAGAGUCGAACGCUGCUUCAAUCGACAACAACCUGUAAGUGUGGAACAUCCCACUAGCUAUAGCAGAGCUAGGAUUCACGGCUCUAUACAACACUAGUCGAGGCUGCGAGUUGAGGGUAAAACGAUCUGAGUUUAAUGGCACACAUGCAUCACUAUUUAUGCAAAACCGCAGGUCCAGGGACAGCCCCCUCUGGAUCUGAUGGGAUACCGUGACAAUAUGAGCAGUUGACCAAUAGUAACACAAUGUAUCCUUUGAAAUUUUUACCGCCCAGCUUGGAGAUAAUGAGUCCAACGGUUGGGACAAUGUAAUUAUCUCCAAAAGCCCAAACUCCCACGUUUUAUUACAACAUAUAAAACCGUAUAAAAUUACAUAACUUUAAUACUGUAGCGGAUGGCAUUGGGCUGUCCUAAAAAGUGCAUUUAUGUCUAUGUAAUCGGUUGAAUUGUAACUUGUAAUAAGUGUAUGUAGCAUUCUGCUGAUUGUUCGGUAAAAUCACUCCAGUUCUUAUGCGAAUGAAACUACCGAACAAUCAGACCACCCCAGUAAUAAGUGUGUCUCCAAUUACUGUUCACAACAAUGUUGCAAACGGAUAAUUGGCGGUUCAUGCAGUGGGUCCUUUGUUCUCUGGGUGGCCGCCAUUCGGGAGACGAACACGUGGCGGCGGCCAUUUUAAACUCCCGACCUCCACACUGCCGCCAAUUCGUAUACAAACUACCGAACGGCUUCUCGUUUGGUAGUUUGAAUCCCACGAACAAGGGAAAUUACAUGAAACCUCCCCAGCUCUCCUAACAUAAGUCAUUUGUUUGUUACAUUCCCUUUUCUGUGACCGAAAACACAUGGAGCCCUUUUCGGCUGGUAAACCCAGUGCGGUUGGUCAUUUUAGUACUUCCAUAAAUUUCCCGAACCCCUGGUCCGAUCUGGAUGAUUUUUGGAUACGUGUCUCACCAAGAUCAGGGCUACCAGGGGAUGUAACAUUUAAAGGGGCACCCCUAUGUUUAGGGGUACAUCCGGAAACUCUGGGAAUUUGUGUACUGCUUAAGGGGAUUAUGUGUCACACUAAGGGGAGGGGAUGUGUGGGUGGCAACUCGUGGAGGAUUGGCUACUGUACUAAUUAUUGCAAAUCCCUCCCUUGCAUGGGAGAAUGCUUUAUAAGGAAGUUGUGUGCAUUAGAAGUCAGUUCUGCUCCUGAUGCUGUGUGUCGUCCAGUCAUUGGGAUCUGUAUGGGGAUAUUUGUGGAUUACCUUGCUUGCUGGAAUUAUUACUUCAUGGUAUUUUUACUACUUGUUCCUGAGCCUCACUGGGAUCUCUAGUGGAGUUAACCUGGGGAAUACCAGGCCUCCGCUACAAAUACUUUAACAGACAUAUCUGCCAUUCCACCAUUCAUUAUGAGCCCAGCAGAUGGACGAAUAGCGCUCAGAACACAUGAACGAUAUGACUAGUCUCCUCGAUAUAAAGUCCAUCCGUGUUUUCAUGUUGAUAGAUGGAGAGCGGGACUUGGACCUAAAACCCCUGGAACGAGUAGCAGCUGAACAAUUACGCUAAUACCGCUCACAGGAUGGUUGUCUUAGCCCUUCGUGAACUGAAUGGAGACCGUCAUGACAGGGGGUACUUAACUUGCGGUUAACCGCAGCUUCAACGUUCUGUUUGGGAACACACGCCAGGAUGCGGGUGGGCCUCGUUCGGGAGUCUUUCGUGAGUUCAGUUCGGUGAAUUAUUACACGAACGAGGCCACCCGGAGACAGUCAAUUAGGCUUGUGGUUAACCGCAGACCGCAGCUUCCUGGCGGUCAAUUAGUGGCACGCUCAGCUCGUGGGGUGGUCGAUUGUUGGUACUUUCAAACGUGACCGGGGUUAAGUAGCAGCACACGCCAAGGACUGGGUGGUCCUUCAUUCGUAAACACAAAUAAAUAGUUAUAACUGGUAGUGGAAUGGGUUCACACAGUCUGAAUAGCGAACAGGGUAUUGGGGAACAAAAAGGGAGUACAUCUGUAACAGUUUGUAGGGUUCUUGUAACAGGUGGGAGAAUUAGCCCACUGUGAUGGCCCGAGAGAGGAAGUAAUUAAGAGUAGUUUAGAGGCUGCAGAGGUCAAAGGUGAAUUAAUGGCAAUAUUGAAGUCCCCAAGAAUUAGGGAUGGAAUAUUAGAAGAGAGGAAAUAGGGUAGCCAGGCAGGAAAGUGGUCAAGGAAGAGGAGAGGGGAACCAGGGGGACGAUAAAUAACGGCAAUGUUAGCAGAGAAGGGUUUGAGAAGGUGAAUUGAAUGUAUUUCAAAUGAUGGGAAAGAGAGGGAAGGGGGGUGGGUAGAGGUUUAAAGGAGCAGUGAGGGGAGAGGAGAAACUACCACCUUUACAUUCAGAGUUUCUUGGGUUGUGGGUAAGUUGAAGACCACCAAAGGACAAAGAUGCAGGGGUAGCAGUGUCAGAGGGGGAGAGCCAUGUUUCUGUUAAGGCAAGUAAAUAUAUUGAAUGAGAGAUGAAGUCAUGGACAGCAGUGGAUUUUGUAAUAUUGCAAACAGAGCGGAGGAUUUAGAGGAACAUGAGAUGGCUUUGAGAUUAGUGUGGAUCCUUGGGUUAGUAUGUGGUGAGUUUGCCGAGAUGGGACUGGGGUUUGGAGAGACAUCACCAGCUGCUAGGAGCAGAAGGAUAGAAAGGAAGUGGAGGUGAGAGUAGGAUUUGAAAGUUUUGUAGGAGGGUAUGUAUAUAGAGGAUUCGGGAGGAGUUGGUGGAGAUAAGCUGGAAAGGUAUGUGUAGAGUGCAUGGGAUGAAUAGAGAGGGGAGGGAAGUAAAGUGGAAGUAAUGAAGGUGGUGUUGCCAGGGACAGGUGAGCAGAAAGAUAGGGAUAUUUUAGUAAUGAAAGAAGUUAGUGUGAAAGUGUAAAAUAGAAGGGAGAACAUUAGAGAAAAUGUGUUUUCUUAUUUAGAUAAGCUGAUUAUAUAUGCACAUAUAUAAAUCAUAGAUAUAUAUGUAUACACACAUAUAUCAAUGAGUGUUUAACCCAUUGUUAAAGAUGCAGUAUGUUAACAGAGGAUUUCAGGUGAGGAGAGGUUUAGUGACGGUCUGAGGUUAGAAAGAAAAAAAAGAAAUAAACACACUAUUAUGGGUGGGGAGACAUGGGGCCAUUGGGGUAAUUAAUUAGAGAUGAAAAACUAGAGGAGAGAACAUUUGGGAUAAAAAGAUAUGAAGGAUCAGAUAGGUGAAAGUCAUAAACCAUGAACAUAAAUUUACAAGAUUAUCAGUGAAAGUAGUAACACUACUAAACAAACAAUUAACAAAACGUCUUCGAGAAUGAACAUAAAAUGACAUGACCAUACUAACUUUAAGAAAAACAAAAACGGAAGCUCAGGAUAGGAGAUAUAAUAGUUAUCAAUUAAGUAGUGAUAGUAUAGGGAGGGAGAUGGAAUAAAACACAAUUUUAAAUUAAGAGUUCAAAGGAAACAAUAAUUAUUACAGGAAUUCUUAAGUAGAUCUUCCAGAGAUAAAACCUCUGCUUAGAAGCAUUACUAUGUUUCCAAUUGAGCUCUAGUUAAGCUCAUUGACAAGGAUCUGUGUGACAGACAGGGAGAUGGUUUUUGUCACCAAUUAUAAAAGGGCCGAUUUCUAUUGAAAUCAGCACUUUCAAGAAAAUGACAAACUACAGACAUUUAAAGGGACACUAAAGUCACCUGAACAACUUUAGCUUAAUGAAGCCAUUUUGGUGUAUAGAACAUGCCCCUGCAGCCUCACUGCUCAAUCCUCUGCCAUUUAGGAGUUAAAUCCCUUUGUUUAUGAACCCUAGUCACACCUCCCUGCAUGUGACUUGCACAGCCUUCCAUAAACACUUCCUGUAAAGAGAGCCCUAUUUAGGCUUUCCUUAUUGCAAGUUCUGUUUAAUUAAGAUUUUCCUAUCCCAUGCUAUGUUAAUAACUUGCUAGACCCUGCAAGAGCCUCCUGUAUGUAAUUAAAGUUCAAUUUAGAGAUUGGGAUACAAUUAUUUAAGGUAAAUUACAUCUGUUUGAAAGUGAAACCAUUUUUUUUUCAUGCAGGCUGUGUCAAUCAUAGCCAGGGGAGGUGUGGCUAGGGCUGCAUAAACAGAAACAAAGUGAUUUAACUCCUUAAUGACAGUGAUUUGAGCAGUGAAAUUGCAGGGGAAUGGUCUAUACCAGGGGUAGGCAACCUUUUAGCAGCACUGUGCCGAUAUAGGAUUGUGAUGUCCCGUAGCGUGCCGGUCCUAUUUUUCUUUUUUUAAAUUGAGGUGUGUAUGCUGCCGUAUUCUGCUUGUGUUAUUUAUACUGUAAUUGCUUUGUAUUGUUGUAUUUGUGCGUAUAUGAGCUAUUAUAUUGUAUAUGUUCAUUAGUAGAUUGUGGUAUCGUGUAUGAUACAUAUGAAUGUGGGCAGCUUGUGGAAUUGUGUGUGUGGAUGGAAAUGCCACAUUGUGUGUUUAGUAGUGUGUAUAUUUUUGUGGGGAUGUUUGGGGUAUUGCAUGUGAGAGGCUGCAUGUGGGGUUGUAUGCAUGUAUGUGGAUUGUUAGUGGUGUUGCGUUUGUGCGGAUUGUGUGUAUGUUUGUGUGUGGGCUGUCCGUAUUAUUUGUAUGAGGGGAGGGUCUUUCUGCAUUUCUGUGUAUAUCUAGCAGUGUGGGUGGCUUCUCUGGGUUCCAGUGGGGACCAUGUUGGCCAGGUACAGGUCAAGGACCGGAGCUGCAACAACAACUGCGAGCUGCACUACUACUGUGUGGAUUCCCAUAAGUGCUGGGAGGAAGUGAUCUGAGAUCACUUUAUGUGCUGCAAUGCUUGAAUUGAGGAUUGUCCUUCACCACCUCUUUGUAUUAGCAGAUAUCUGAAGUUUUACUGGGACUCCUGAUAGGACAGAGCCUGUUUGGCUCUAGCAGCCUUGAGUGCCGUGCAAAGGCACCUCGAGUGCCGUGCAUGGCACUAGUGCCGUAGGUUGCCUACCCUUGAUCUAUACACUAAAACUGCUUUAUUUAGCUAAGUUUUCCUUUAAAGCACUUUAGAAACCAGUAUUACUUUAUGUGUGGAGUAUUUCUCCCUUUGCAACAAUCAGGGACAUUUUAGCCGUGAGGCAAACAAGGCAUUUGCCUUGGGCGGCAUUUUCCAGGGGCGGCAAAAAAAGCCGCCCCCAAAUGCCCAGGGCAAAUGUCUUGUUAGCCUUGUGGCUAACUGACAAGCCAGACGGGCGGUCGGUCGGCAAAUGUCUUGUUAGCCUUGUGGCAGCACAAAACCAGGAUACACCACUGGCAACAAUACAAUAGAAUAGUAUACAAAAAAAUAUAAAUGUACAGGCACUCUCAUAUCCGUUUCGGUGCAAGUAAUCAAGGUGGCCCAUUAACCUCCAAAUAAUAUAAAAAACAAUAAUUGAUACUGCACUCAAAAUAAAGCAAAAAGAUGAUAUUUAAUCAAAGAUAGUGAAUCAAUUUCAUAUAUAUAUCAGAUAUGUACAAAAAAUGUGAAAAAAGGAUACUGUAAAUGACAAGUAUCCUAUGGCAACCAGUGUAAUAUCAUGUAAAAUACACGGUAUCCUUACAAGAGUUAAAUUCAUAUGAGUAUAAUAAAAGUUAAAUUCAUAUGAGUAUAAUACACUUUGAAGUAGUAUGAGAAAUUCUCAAUCUGGAUUAUUGACCAGUGUGGACAAAAAAAGUAUAUACAGUAUAUACAAUAUAUACAAUAAUGGAAAAAAGUAAUAGAAAAAAUUGAAAAAAUGAACAAAUUCCUUAAAAAAUCAAAAAUGGAAAAAAGAGAAAAAAAAGGAAAAAAAAGGGAAAAAAGAGAAAAAACUAAAUAAAAAAAUAAAAAAUAAAAAAAUGAAAAAAGUUGUAUAUACAGUCACCAGUGUGUACACACUAUUGUAUAUGGGUGGAUCUCACCAAUAUGCUUUGCUGAGAAAGGAAAAGUCCAGUUCUAGAUGAAGUUAUCUGAGUUGCAAAUUGUAGACUGUUCCUCCUAUUCCUCUCCUGUUGGUUGAAGGUGAUGGAUAUAGCAGGUACUUGGCAGAUCCUUGGAUAGUCCGGGUCAAAUAUGUCCAGAGCGUGGACUUCUUGUAGACUCUUGUACAGGAUAAACGGGCUGCGCGCUCGGGACCCUUCAGCCCCUUCAGCCCCUUCAAAGGCCUACACAGGGCCUUUGAAGGGGCUGAAGGGUCCCGAGCGCGCAGCCUGUUUAUCCUGUACAAGAGUCUACAAGAAGUCCACGCUCUGGACAUAUUUGACCCGGACUAUCCAAGGAUCUGCCAAGUACCUGCUAUAUCCAUCACCUUCAACCAACAGGAGAGGAAUAGGAGGAACAGUCUAUAA